AUUACCGGUCGUUAUAAAUUCACGUCUAGUUGUUACUUGCCCAUAAUUCGGGCCCUGACCGCCUUGAACAGUACCAGCACCUUACAUUUACUCAAUGGACCCUCUUGAUCCCAGAAGCUUCAACCAUAGGACAGAAACACUGAACACGGGCCGCCGGUAUCACUUCGUCGACCAAAUCCCCGAUAACUACAGUUCUCGAACGCCUGCGCUUCUUUGCAUACAUGGCUUCCCAGACUUUUGGUAUGGAUGGAGACACCAAAUUCGGCCUUGGGUCCAACGAGGAUGUCGUGUGGUGGUUCCCGACAUGUUGGGUUACGGAGGCACCGAAAAACCCGAAGACGCUUCAGAAUACACAACCAAGAAACUUUGUAGCGACCUUAGUGCCCUUUUAGAUAAUUUAGGAAUCAGGAAAGCUGUCGUUAUUGGACAUGAUUGGGGUGCUUUCACUGCGGCCCGCUUUGCACUUUGGCAUCCCAACCGGUUACUUGCACUGAUCAUAUUAUCUGUUCCAUAUACGCCUCCGUCACCGGUGUACACCCCUGUUGAAGAUGUCGCAAAACGCGCACCCGAUCUGGCAUACAUGAUGUUCUUCAACGACAAACGAUCCACUCUCAUCAUUGAGUCGAACCUUGAUACAUUCGUGAGGUUUGUUUACAAGCACCCGAGAGCCAAAACAGGGCUCUCUUUAGCAAGUAUCGGAACCACGGGACUUUCCAAUCCAUUCAAGGGUCUUGAAAUACCGGAUGAGAAUGUCGUCUUGUCACGUCCAGAAUUUGACAUUAUCCUCAAGGAACUCCAGAUGGGAAUGAAUGGCCCUUUGAACUAUUAUCGGACGGCAGAACUCAGACACGAUGAGGAGCGUGAUGCUGGUUUACCAGCUGAUCUGCGGGCUGAUCUGCCUGUACUAUUCAUCUGGGGAUCGCUCGAUAAGACUACAACGAAGGCGGUGAUAAACAAAGCUCACAAAUUCAUACCACGUAUACAGGACGUGGCGUUAGAAGGUCGUGGACACUGGCUCAUGGUUGAAGCCAAAGACGAGAUUACUGAGAAGGUCAUCACUUGGUUGGAGGGACUGAUGGAGAAGCCACCGAAUGGAAGACUCUAAACGUGAAUAGUUCGGUUGAACAAAUACAGGAGCACAGAUAUGAUGAUAUCGUAGGGAUAUAAAUGUGAUAAUUAUGUAGGUUAACGGAUCGAUUCGCAUACGAAGUAUGUUGGUGAGCUGGGCAUUUCCAGAACGCGGUCACUACGGACAACAUCCUGCUCAAUCUUUGACCAUUCCAUGUUUGAACACGCC